GCAGGGACAGGGAAGUCGACAAUUAUGCGAACAGUUGCACGCGACUUCCACAAGAGGAGGGAUCUAGGAGCAAGCUUCUUCUUCCCUAGGAGUGGAGGUGAUGCAGCGCACGCAGGCAAGUUCUUAACAAGCAUCGUCAGGCAGCUGACCAUACACUGGCCAGCACUCGAACGACAUGUUGGCGAUGCCCUCCUUGAACAGCCGGACAUCGCCAGCAAGACUCGAGAGGACCAGUGGACCAUGCUCGUC